UUCACUUUGGUUACAUACUUCCGCUUGACAGAAAUACUUCCUUUUGUUUUGAGCUGUGUUGAGAAAGAUUCACCAUGGGUCGUCGGCCAGCUAGAUGUUACCGAUACUGUAAAAACAAACCCUAUCCAAAGUCCAGAUUUUGUCGUGGUGUCCCCGACCCAAAAAUUCGCAUUUUUGAUUUAGGCAGGAAGAAGGCAACUGUUGAAGACUUUCCUCUAUGCGUACAUUUGGUAUCCGAUGAAUAUGAGCAGUUGAGCAGCGAAGCUCUAGAAGCUGGACGCAUUUGCUGUAACAAGUACUUGGUAAAGUUCUGUGGAAAAGACCAAUUUCAUAUCCGUAUGCGCUUGCAUCCGUUCCACGUCAUUCGCAUCAACAAAAUGUUGUCAUGUGCUGGAGCUGAUAGGCUUCAAACCGGUAUGAGAGGAGCAUUCGGAAAACCGCAAGGAACUGUUGCUCGUGUAAGAAUUGGUCAACCGAUUAUGUCUGUCCGCUCUAGCGACAGGUACAAGGCACAAGUAGUAGAAGCUCUGCGUCGCGCUAAGUUCAAGUUCCCCGGUCGCCAAAAGAUCUACGUGUCUAAGAAGUGGGGUUUCACCAAGUAUGAUCGUGAACGAUAUGAAGAGCUUCGUGAUGACAAUCGCUUCGAGCAAGAUGGAUGCAAUGUUAAAUACCGGCCAGAACAUGGUCCAAUUGCUGCUUGGGAAAAGGCUCAGCGUGAUCUUUAUGCUUAAAAUAAACUCCAUUUGAUAAAUAAAUCGAUGGAUCGUUGUCCAUACUGCAUAGAGA